UUUUCUUCUGAGCCAUGCUGUACCCAGCAAGUAAUUAAUUUUUUAGCCAGCUUGUUGAACGUAAACAUUUGUGGGCGUAUUAAAAUAAAGUGUUCGUCGGGUAUUAUUUAUAAUGAAACCAAUUGUUGUGUUGACGUCUAGCGGAGAAGAGAAGCCACAAAAUAUAAUCAAAGGUAUCCUUAACACGAUUGGAAAUCCCACAGAAAGCACCGAGUCUAUUACUAUUGGUUCAUCCACAUAUUUGACUUAUUUAUGUGAUCUUAAAACCAAGUAUUAUGAAAAUACCAUCGCUUUGUUGCCCUAUGAAGGCAAUAUCUGUGAACUACCCGAAGAUGUUUUGAAGGCUACAGAGAUGCUAAUGUUCUACUUCGAUCCGGACAAUAAAUCAUUUAAGCAAAAACUGCCUGACCUUUGCAAACUUGUAACCAAUAAUGACAUCGAAUUGGGCUUAUUGUUGACUAGCAAACUCUUUGAUGAUGCAAAACAAGGGCUGACUUAUGAAAGCGUAAAAGAAUGCUGUAAAUUCCAGUUUGAUGUAAUAGAGCUCAGCAAUGAUGAGGCUGCUGAAGAAGCCGGAGGAUAUGAAGAAAUCGUCGAGGCAUUAAAAAAUAAUAUUUGGUCUAAUGUUAAAGUACCGGGUGGCAACAUAGAUGGGCAAGAAGGCGAUAUGGAAGAGCAGUUGGAAAGCUUCGAAAAUUUACUAUCGAGCAUUCAAAACUUUAAACGUAUAUCGAAUGGCAUGGAACGAGAUCAAAUGCUCGAUGAAGCAGAAAAAUUAGCUGAACUUUUUAUUAAAAUGAUGAAUGAAGAUUAAAUGUGAUAAAUUUUCGAGGAUUUUAAGUUAAACAAGAAUGUGUAUGUAAUAGUAUGUAGUAGAUUAAAAAUCAAUAGCCAACGAUCGUUCUGAAGUGUUAAAGGAAUUUAUACAUACAUAAUUCAACAGAAAUAUGAAUUUCUCGCAUUCAACCUCAA